AUGGAUUUGUAUAUAUCUACAGAAUCAAAUAACCCAUAUCAAUUACCAGAUUUAUUAUCUAGUUCAGAUGCAGAUACCAGUACUAGUUAUAAUAGUAUGCUAGUGGCAAAUGCUAAUGUAACAGAAGGACAUCUACCAGCUCAUCCCGAGGCUGUAGAAGCUCCAAUUCCGCACUCAAAUAAUCUCAAAGAUCGUAUAUGCCAAAUAUGCUAUAUGGCUUUUAAAACUACAACUAAUUUACAGGAUCACAAGAAAAUCCAUUCCCCUUUAAAAAAAAAUGACGAAUUAGCAUGUGCUACAUGCUCUUUUCAAACAAAGAAGAAAAAAGAUUUUAACAAACAUAUGAAGAUACAUUUAAAAGACAAACCUUUUGAAUGCCGUAUUUGUAAUAAGGCUUUUAAGAGAAGAACUAAUGUUAAAAGACAUGAGGAACUUCAUAAAGAAGAAAGACCUUUUAAAUGCACGAUUUGUAAUUGGACUUGUAAGUUACGAUAUAUUCUUAAAAUGCAUAUGGAAACUCAUACAGAAGACAAACCUUUUGAAUGCCGUAUUUGUAAUAAGGCUUUUAAGAGAAAAUUUGAUGUUAAAAUACAUGAGAAACUUCAUAAAGAAGAAAGACCUUUUGAAUGCACGGUUUGUGAUUGGACUUGUAAGUCACAACGUAAUCUUAGAUCGCAUAUGGAAACUCAUACAGAAGACAAACCUUUUGAAUGCCGUAUUUGUAAUAAGGCUUUUAAGAGAAAAUUUGAUGUUGAAAGACAUGAGAAAAUUCAUAAAGAAGAAAGACCUUUUGAAUGCACGGUUUGUGAUUGGACUUGUAAGUCACAACGUAAUCUUAGAUCGCAUAUGGAAACUCAUACAGAAGACAAACCUUUUGAAUGCCGUAUUUGUAAUAAGGCUUUUAAGAGAAAAUUUGAUGUUGAAAGACAUGAGAAAAUUCAUAAAGAAGAAAGACCUUUUGAAUGCACGGUUUGUGAUUGGACUUGUAAGUCACAACGUAAUCUUAGAUCGCAUAUGGAAACUCAUACAGAAGACAAACCUUUUGAAUGCCGUAUUUGUAAUAAGGCUUUUAAGAGAAAAUUUGAUGUUGAAAGACAUGAGAAAAUUCAUAAAGAAGAAAGACCUUUUGAAUGCACGGUUUGUGAUUGGACUUGUAAGUCACAACGUAAUCUUAGAUCGCAUAUGAAAAUUCAUACAAAAGACAAACCUUUUGAAUGCCUUAUUUGUAAAAAGGCUUUUAAGAGAAAAGAUUAUUUUAAUAAACAUAUGACAGUUCAUAAAGAUGUUGCUAAAGAAACAAAUAGUGCAGUUAAUAUGAAUCCUCCAGUGGAAUAUCAAAAUAACAAUGAAGCUAUUUCAAAAAAAACAGAUGAUCUAGAUAUAUUAUAUGGUCUAGAUCGUGCUAAAGUAGCAGAAAUUAAAGAACCUCUGGAAAAAGAAUUAGCAAACUUUAAUUCACUAGAAACAAAUAAUGCA